GGGAAAUUUCUGCUUAAUGAGACUUCUGAGUGAAAAAAGUUUCAAGAAGUUGUGAUGGACCCUUGAUGAACUAGGAGCGGAUACCUUGCUUAGAAGAUGGGUUUCGAGUUGCUGGAUUGGUAUUGCAGGCCGGUGGCAAGUGGGAAUUGGGCAGGGACUAUGGACAGUGCUUUCGGUGCAUACACACCUUGCGCCGUUGAUUCCUUGGUCAUUUCCAUAUCCCAUUUGCUUCUUCUUGGUCUCUGCUAUUACCGAAUUUGGUUGAUCAAGAGGACUUUGAAAGUCCAGAGAUACCGUCUGAGGUCAAAAUGCUACAACUAUAUGUUGGGAUUGCUUUCUUUUUACUGCGCUGCAGAGCCCCUGCUGAGGUUGGUAAUGGGCUCCUCGGUUUUCAAUCUGGAUGGUCAGACUAUCCUCCCUCCAUAUGAGAUGGUUUCGUUAACCAUAGAGUCUCUUGCUUGGUGCUCCAUGCUAGUUAUGAUUGGCCUAGAAAUGCACGCUUACAUCCGGGAGUUUAAGUGGUACGUGCGGUUUGGACUCAUUUAUGUUCUGGUGGGGCAAGUUGUGAUGUUCAAGCUCAUCCUCUCAAUGAGAGACCACUAUCAGCAUCAUAGGUCUGCACUGUAUCUGUACAUCAGCACGGUCUUUUGCCAGGUUAUAUUUGGGAUUCUUCUUUUUGUCUAUGAACCAAGUCUGGACCCUUAUCCAGGGUAUACUACAAUCCCCACCGAGCCUGUUCAUAGUGUUGAAUAUGAGGCCCUUCCAGGAGAGGAGCAAGUUUGUCCUGAAAGGCAUGUCAACAUAUUUUCCAGGACAUACUUUGGGUGGGUGACUCCACUUAUGCAGCAAGGCUACAAAAGACCAAUUUCCGAAAAGGAUGUUUGGAAGUUAGACACUUGGGAUCAGACUGAGACACUGAUUAAAAGAUUCCAGAAAUGCUGGGCCAAAGAGUCUCACAGGCCCAAACCCUGGCUUUUAAGAGCUUUGAACAGCAGCCUUGGGGGAAGGUUUUGGUUGGGAGGCUUCUUUAAGAUAGGGAGCGAUCUUUCUAGGUUCGCGGGGCCCACAUUGCUGAACUACCUCCUUCAAUCAAUGCAAAGAGGGGACCCUGCAUGGAUUGGUUACAUCUGUGCCUUUCUGAUUCUUGUCAGUGUGUCGUUCGGUGUGCUUUGCCAAGCUCAGUUCUAUCAAAAUUCAUCUCGGGUGGGAUUUAGGCUGAGGUCAACUUUGGUGGCGGCCAUUUUCCGCAAAUCGUUAAGACUUACUCACGAGGGUCGCAAGAAGUUCCAAUCUGGAAAGAUAACAAACAUGAUGACCACAGACGCUAACGCACUUGAGCAAACAUGCAAACAACUUCACAACUUAUGGUCGGCUCCAUGUUCUAUUGUCAUUGCCAUGGUUCUUCUGUACCAGCAAUUAGGCAUUGCUUCGCUGCUUGGCUCUCUCAUGCUUGUCCUCAUAUUCCCCUUGCAAGUAAUCUCGUGCUCUCUCUUUCCCUCAAAAACGAUCAUAAUCAGCAAAAUGCAAAAACUGACAAAGAAAGGGCUGCAGUCAACUGACAAGAGAGUCAGCGUUAUGAACGAAAUUUUGGCAGCAAUGGACACUGUGAAAUGUUAUGCUUGGGAAAAGAGCUUUCAAUGUAAGGUUCAAGAAGUACGAAGUGAUGAGCUUUCAUGGUUCCGUAGGGCACAACUAGUAUCUGCAUUCAACGGCUUUGUACUGAACAGCAUCCCUGUCAUUGUAACCGUUGUCUCAUUUGGGACGUUCACUUUGCUUGGUGGGAAUUUGACACCAGCGAGGGUGUUUACAUCACUCUCUCUUUUCGCGGUGCUACGGUUUCCUUUGGACAUGCUCCCUAGCUUGAUGUCUCAGGUUGUUACUGCGAAUGUUUCCCUGCAACGUUUGGAGGAACUACUUUUAACGGAAGAGAGAGUAUUAAUUCCAAAUCCAGCGAUUGAGCCAGGAGAGCCAGCUAUUUCAAUCAAGGAUGGGCACUUUUCAUGGGACUCAAAGGCAGAAAAACCAACCCUGUCGAACAUCAAUCUGGAAAUACCAGUGGGUAGCUUAGUGGCUAUUGUUGGUGGUACUGGACAAGGAAAGACAUCUCUCAUAUCAGCAAUGCUUGGGGAACUAUCUCCUGUCUCUGAUGCAUGCGUUACUAUACGGGGAACCGUUGCUUAUGUUCCUCAAGUGUCAUGGAUUUUCAAUGACACUGUAAGUUGCACACUGCUGGUUUUAUUUAUCUGUCGAUGUUGGGUGCGAGACAACAUAUUAUUUGGGUCUAAAUUUGAAGCAGAAAGAUAUUGGAAGGCAGUCAGCGUUACUCAAUUGGAGCGUGACCUUGAUUUGCUUCCAGGUCAUGAUCUUACAGAGAUUGGGGAAAGAGGGGUGAAUAUAAGUGGAGGCCAAAAGCAGAGGGUUUCCAUGGCCAGGGCUGUUUACUCAAAUUCAGACGUUUACAUAUUUGAUGAUCCUUUAAGUGCUCUAGAUGCUCAUGUUGGUCGACAGGUGUUCAAUAGCUGUAUCAUGGAAGAGCUGCGAGGGAAGACCCGGAUUCUUGUCACGAAUCAGCUACAUUUUCUUCCUCAAGUGGAUCGAAUCAUUUUGGUUCAUGAAGGAAUGGUCAAAGAGGAGGGGACUUUUGAGGAGCUGUCUAGAAGCAAGGUACUGUUCCAGACACUUAAGGAGAAUGCAGGAAAAAUGGAGGAACAAAUGGAAGAUGAUGAGGAGGAGGAGGAGGAGAAAAAUGUAGAGGAGAAAACAUCCAAACCAGCAGCUGACACCAUUGUUAAUGAAUUGCCUGAAAAUCAAGACCGUGGGAAGAAAGGUAAAGGCGGGAAGUUGGUACUUAUUAAGCAAGAGGAACGGGAAACAGGCAUUGUGAGUUGGAAAGUCCUGAUGAGGUACAAAGGGGCACUAGGAGGCCUGUGGGUAGUGGCAGUACUCUUUAUUUGCUAUACUUUAACUGAAGUUCUUCGAAUUUCAAGUAGCACGUGGUUGAGUUUCUGGACACAUCAAAGCACUUCGGAGAACUACAGACCAGGAUUCUACAUAUUGAUCUAUGCACUCCUGUCCUUUGGUCAGGUGACUGUGAUGCUGACUAACGCUUAUUGGUUGGUUAUUUCAAGUCUUUAUGCGGCAAAAACAUUGCAUGAUUCUAUGCUUCGGUCUAUAUUGAGGGCUCCGAUGCUUUUCUUUCACACCAACCCAGUGGGAAGAAUAAUCAACAGGUUUGCCAAGGAUCUAGGCGACAUAGAUCGCAAUGUUCCCCGAUGUGUAAAUUUGUUUAUGGGCCGACUCUGCCAGCUACUUUCGACUUUUGUGCUUAUAGGAAUUGUAAGCACAAUCUCUCUCUGGGCCAUAUUACCGCUCUUGAUCUUGUUUUAUGCAGCCUAUCUAUAUUUCCAGAGUGUAUCUCGUGAAGUGAAACGCUUGGAUUCAAUCGCCAGAUCUCCAGUUUAUGCACAAUUCGGAGAAGCAUUGAACGGCUUGUCGACGAUUCGUGCAUAUAAAGCACAUGAUAGGUUGGCCACCAGUAAUGCCGAGGCCAUGGACAAUAGCAUCAGAUUCACCCUUGUCAAAGUUAGUUCCAACAAUUGGCUUGACAUAAGGUUGGACACACUAGGAUGCAUAAUGAUCUGGUUGACCACCACUUUUGCAGUCAUGCAGACUAGAAAUGCAGAAAACAGAGCAGCCUUUGCUUCAACGAUGGGUCUCCUGCUCAGCUACGCUUUGAAUAUAACAAACCUUCUGAGCGAUGUACUGAGACAAGCAAGCCAUGCUGAGAAUAGUCUAAAUGCUGUAGAGCGUGUGGGUGUGUACAUAGAAUUGCCUUCUGAAGCUCCACUUAUAUUAGAGAGCAGCCGCCCCCCUCCUGGCUGGCCUUCAUCAGGAUUAAUUAAAUUUGAAGAUGUGGUCCUUCGUUACAGACCUGAACUUCCUCCCGUCUUGCAUGGAUUGUCCUUUUCAACAGCACCCUGUGAGAAACUGGGAAUAGUCGGAAGAACCGGUGCUGGAAAAUCUAGCAUGAUAAAUGCUUUGUUCCGAAUUGUCGAGCUGGAAAAAGGAAGAAUUGUGAUCGAUCAGUGCAACACCUCUAAAAUAGGACUGGAAGAUUUGCGGAAAGUCCUUAGCAUCAUACCACAAUCACCAGUUCUUUUCUCAGGAGCUGUGAGAUUCAAUCUUGACCCUUUCAAUGAACAUGAAGAUGCUGACCUCUGGGAGGCUUUGGAGAGAGCACAUUUGAAGGAUGUUAUCAGGAGGAACUUUUAUGGCCUGGAUGCUGAGGUUUCCGAGGGUGGAGAGAACUUCAGCGUCGGACAGAGGCAACUGCUGUGUCUUGCUCGAGCAUUACUAAGAAGGUCAAAGAUUCUUGUUCUCGAUGAAGCAACUGCGGCCGUCGAUCUCAGAACUGAUGCUCUCGUCCAGAAAACCAUCCGGGAAGAAUUUACCUACUGCACCAUGCUCAUCAUCGCCCACAGACUUAACACCAUCAUCGACUCUGACCGAGUUCUUGUGCUCGAUGCCGGCCAAGUAGCAGAACACGACACUCCAGAGAAUCUGCUGUCAAAUGAAGCAAGCGCCUUCUCUAAGAUGGUUCAAAGCACCGGUUCUGCCAAUGCGCAGUAUCUGAGCGGCUUGGUUCUCCAAAGGAAAGAGAACAGGUUACGGAUGGAAAUGAAUCAUUCAGACAGCAAGAGAUGACGGUCGGCCUCUGCCUACUUGGUUGCCACUGCCAAUUUUGCUGCAGCGGUCAGCCUCAAUUCCAUAAUGCCCCUCAGAUUUCGAAUAUCGAUGACAAAGACAACAAUGGUGACAAUUGGUACGAAUAAAAAUGGUCGAAGUGAAAAAAAUAAAGAAGACAUGAAUUUUUACAUAGAAAACCUUCCAAAAUUAGGAAGGGAAAAAACAUCGCACUACACAAUUUCUUCAUCAUCAGUAUUAUUAUCAAUUUUCAACAUUACAAGUUUUAGGGUUACGACCACAAAAUUAUUGCCCUAUGCAUACAAGUUAUAUAGGAAUUACGUAUAUACCAUUAACAUGAUAUUUUUUCUCUGCUUUAACAUGAAAAUUACG